UUCAGUAAGGGUCUGCAUAAGCGUCACUGAUUCCUGCAUGCGCCAUGUUUGCCCGGUUGUGUCACUGGAAUUCACCCUUUGAUCUUACAAAUACCUCGCAUGUGAUUGGUCAACGGUAUUCACCAUACAAGGGCAGCCACAGUACGUGACCAUAUCCCGAUCCCAUAGCCACUGGCGGAGGGGUAGUGACAAGGACGAUUCGGUCGACGGCCACUCAGACAAUAAGGAGAGCACGAUAUAAGUUGCUCAUCGUCUGUGGGAAAAGUCGGCCAAAUUGACAAGCAUAAGCCCAAAUUGAAAAAUGAAUGAAGCAUCGGUCGUGCCGGCGCGAAGCAACACAGAACGACACAGAUUGCAUUCAGGCGUCCUUCGAGAUUUCAUCAUCGGCUUUGCAGAUGGCCUGACUGUCCCAUUCGCCCUGACUGCAGGGCUUUCAUCUCUCGGAUCGUCGAAACUCGUCGUGACUGGCGGACUUGCCGAGCUCUUCAGCGGGGCUAUCUCCAUGGGUCUGGGCGCUUAUCUGGCCACCGUCACCGAUGAGCAGCACUAUGCUACCGAACGGGUCCGCGAGGAGAAAGAGUUGCAGGAGUGCCCGGAUGAGGAGACUGAGGAAAUAUACCGUAUUCUGUGCGUGUAUGGGCCAGAGAGGAAUGAAGUUGCGCCGUUCGUUGAAGCACUGAAGAAAGAUCCUGAACAGUGGAUUCAGUUCAUGAUGGAUUUCGAAUUGAGGCUGGAGCGACCAUCUCGUCACGGAGCGUACAUUUCAUCAGCUGUCAUGGGAAUCGCAUAUUUUAUUGGUGGCUUGUUGCCCAUGAUUCCAUAUUUUGCCAUUCGCCAUGCAACCACUGCGUUGUUCGUCUCGAUCGGUAUCACUGCGGUGAUCCUCAUCAUGUUCGGCUAUUUGAAGUGUGCGUAUGCUGGAUGUGGUGUCAAGCAAUCCAUCUUUGGCGCUGUACAGACUCUGUGCGUGGGGGCUGCGGCCGCCGGCGCCAGCUAUGGGAUCGUCAGAGCAGUCGAUUCAAGCAAUAUAUCCUGAUGACGACAUCGGGAAGGUAGCCCGAUAGAUUGUGUGCUGCAGACGAGAUGGAUAAGCAGGUACUGCCUCAUAACACCCAAAGGAAGAUGGCUCAGUUGGGUCGGUCGAAGGAAGUGUGUUUGAAUUGACAAGUCACGUGCCAAGGCUGCAUUUUCAGGGGCCAGCCUCGUCAUGAUCCGCG